AUGCGAGAUCUCCCAAAAGUUGUAAAUAGCCGUUUAGUGAGGUGGGCUCUCCAGUUAAAUCAAUACAACUAUGACAUAGAGUACAGAAAAGGAGAAGAUAAUGUGUGUGCCGAUGUUCUAUCAAGACUUCCGAUUGAAGAAGGUCAACCUGAGGAGGCUCAGAUUGGUUUUUUGAAUGUUGAUAAGGUUAACUCUAUCAUGUCUUAUGACCUCUUGAAACAAAAUUCAUUUACAGAUAAAGCAAUUAAAAUGGCAAAAAACUUUGUAUUGAGAAAUACAUGGCCCCCUGUUGUUCCUGAAAUGUUGAAGUCAUACAAACAGAGGAAAGAUGAAUUGAGUGUUGAAGAUGACAUAUUAUUGUGGUUUGGAAGAAUUGUAGUUCCAGAAUGCAUGAGAACUGAUGUUCUGAAGAUAUUGCACACAGGACAUCCUGGUAUUGUAUCAAUGAGGUCUGUAGCACGACACUAUGUAUGGUGGCCCAACAUGGAUAAAGAUAUCGAAGUUUAUAUCAAGAGGUGCACAUAUUGUCAAGAGAAUCGAGAUAAUGUGGAAGAAGUACCAUUAUAUCCUUGGAAUGUACCUGAUAGAGUUUGGGAAAGGGUACACAUUGAUCUGGCAGGGCCAGUCAACGGAUCUAUGUGGUUGGUAGGUAUUGAUGCUUUGUCAAAGUGGGCAGAAGUGGACUGUCUCAAGACAACAAACUCUUCAACAAUCAUUCAACGAUUGAGAUCUUGGUUUAGUCGAUACGGAAUACCAAGUGAAAUUGUGACAGACAAUGGACCUCAAUUUCUAUCAAAGGAAAUGGAAACAUUUUUUGAGAAAAAUUCUAUCAACCACAUAAAAACAACUCCUUACCAUCCUAAAAGUAAUGGACUUGUAGAAAGACUAAUUCGUACUUUGAAAAGACGGUUCUACACAACAAAGCAGGAUGUUGGAGAUGGAAUGCUAGCUCUUCAAAAUGUUCUUUUUAGCUACAGAAAAUCGCCUCAGAAAACAAUUGGUAGGGCUCCGGCAGAAUUGUUUCUCGGUCGUAGACUACCAACAAUUUUUGACAAUAUGAAACCUAAUCUUAGGAAAAAGAUGGAGAUGAAGCUUUGGAAAGAACAAGGGAGGGACAACAAAAAAGUUCGAACUUUUGAAGAAGGAGAAGAUGAGUAG